AGCAUCUCAAGUAGGUCUUGUGCUCCCAUCAACUUCUCUCUCCCCCUAGCUUGAGAGGGAUCAAGAGUUGAUUUUGUUAGCUCGAACAAAAUCCUAGAACAAAAUCCCUGGUCUCAAAAAAAAAUUCUAAUCCUCCCCAACUCUCAUAUUAAAGCUAAGAUCUUCCAAUGGCUGGCCUGUCUCUUCAGCACCCCUGGGCCUUUGCCUUCGGCCUCCUAGGGAACAUCAUCUCCUUCGUGACCUACCUGGCCCCACUGCCGACGUUCUACCGGAUCUACAAGAACAAGUCGACCGAGGGUUUCCAGUCGGUGCCGUAUGUGGUGGCGCUGUUCAGCGCGAUGCUGUGGAUCUUCUACGCGCUGCUCAAAUCCGACGAGUGCCUCCUCAUCACCAUUAACACCGCUGGCUGCGUCAUCGAGAGCAUCUACAUCGCCAUCUACCUCGCCUACGCACCCAAGAAGGCCAAACUGUUCACUGCGAAGAUCCUUCUGCUUCUGAACGUUGGGGUGUUCGGCCUCAUCCUCCUCCUUACGCUGCUGCUCACCGCCGGAGAGAAGCGCGUCGUGCUCCUCGGCUGGGUCUGCGUCGGCUUCUCCGUCAGCGUCUUCGUCGCCCCACUCAGCAUCAUCCGGCAGGUGGUGCGCACGAGAAGCGUGGAGUUCAUGCCCUUCUCGCUCUCCCUCUCUCUCACAGUCAGCGCCGUCGUCUGGUUCCUCUACGGCCUCCUCAUCAAGGACAAAUACGUCGCCCUACCUAACGUGCUCGGAUUCACAUUCGGGGUCAUCCAGAUGGGCUUGUACGCGCUCUACCGGAACGCGACGCCCAGGGUGCCAAACAAGGAGGUGUCAGAUGACAAGGAGGCGUCCGUGUACGACGCCGUCAAGGUGCCCGAGCACGUCGUGACCAUCGCCAAGCUCAGUGGACCAGCGGUCGAGCUCAAGAGCCACGAGGUGAAUCCCGUCGAGUCACCGCCGACGGGUGAGGCCAAGGGGAAGAAUGACGCGGCCGCGGAGGAGCAGGGCAAGGUUGCGGACAAGGGAAGCAAUGCCGUCUAGACGCGUGGACACGCACGCGUACCUGGGCCGGUCGUAGACUCAUAAUUAAGGUGGCACGCUUCGUAGUUCGUACGUACUACGCGAAGUGUGGCCAAGCCAUGCAAGUAUGCAUGCACACAUGCAAUUAUGUAUGUGUGCUUGCAAGCUAUGAAAGGGGAGCGAGAGGAUUGAAAGAGAGAGGACCCUAAGACCAUGGGGUUGUAGGUUGUUUCUGCUGGUGCUACUGCUACUGCUGCUCCAUUUGAUUCUCAUGCAUGUAUUGAUUAGCCUGUUGUUCCUGUAAUGGUUCUUUGUUUUCAUUAGUGUGUCUGUCACCUCCAUGUAAUGGUCUUGUUAUAUAUCAAAAUCAUUUGUGUCAA